AUGAAAUUAAAUUUGUUUAUUUAUUUAUCCAUAAGUUUUAUUCUUAGUUUUAUAGUUUUAUUUUUUUCAAUUUUUCUUUCUUUUAAAUCACCAGAUAAAGAAAAGGUUUCUAUCUAUGAAUGUGGUUUUAAUCCUUUUCAUUCGACUGGUCAACCAUUUUCUAUAAGAUUUUUUUUAAUUUCUAUUUUAUUUUUAGUAUUUGAUUUAGAAAUAAUUUAUUUAUUUCCAUGAUCAGUAAAUUCAAACUUAAUAGAUUAUUAUUCACAAUUUAUUAUAUAUUUAUUUAUAAUGAUAUUAGUUAUAGGAUUAGUUUAUGAAUGAUUAAGAGGGGGUUUAGAAUGAGAAUAA